AUGUCCGGCAUCAAGGUGCCCAAAAAGUGGCAUGACAAGUACCGCUGGGGUAAGGUCUUGGCCAUUCGAGACAGUCAGCCAGAGCCUCUUUGGGAGUACGUCAAAGGCUCUUACGAGAUCUUCGCCAAUGAAACCACUGCAAAGGAGGUGUUUGAGGCCAACGGCGUCCGCGCCUGA